GAAACUCCCAAUAGUAGCAGUGAAGAAGUGGAUAAGGAAGAAAAUAGUAAGAGUGGGGGCAAUAGUUAACAAGAUGCGACGUGCGGCUUCUUGAGUCUUCCCGAUGAUGCUGUACACCUUUAUGAUGAGACACGUGUCUUGUUGCUUCUAUAUUGGACUACGUGGCUCCAGAACCCUCUCCCUCUUUCCAUUACUUUAUUGACAAGUUUUUACUCUUCUUUCAACUCCAUAUAACCAUAACAGGUAUAGAUAUUGAAGAAAUCUAAAGAAAGAAACAUCGUGCUAAAGCGCAUUAAAGUUAGGAAUCGCUUUCUUCAAAUAUUUACUUUGCAAUAACAGACACAUUGUGACACCUUUUGUCUAGUUCAGACUUAUACUCGACUCUGUUUUGUUUGGUCAAUCGAUCAUGGCGCUUAGAGCAAUGCGUCAUUGGAAAUCCAUGGCUAAGGGACUGAGAGGACUAGCAACCUCAACCCCACCAAAGAUGAAGGCCUAUGCCUCCCCGGCCGAGCUCAGCGCUGGCCACGGGCAAGCAUCGAAGCCAGUACCAGCAAGGCCCAAAGGGGACUUUGUGCCGGUUUACGUGGCGGUGGGGAUGAUCGGGCUGUCCCUGAUGUUCGGGCUGCACACGGCCAAGCAGCAACUGAUGCAUAGUCCGAACGUGUUCGUGAAGAAGAAGCGUCGAGAGACGCUGCCAGAGGUGGCUGAGCCCGAGUACGUGCUGGACUGCGCGGACAAGUUCAUGCACAAGUCGUUUUUUAGGAAGGUGGCGCAUGUUCAAGACCCCCAAAUGAAUUACAUCAUUAAAGAUGGCACUAGGGGAGAUGCUUAUGCUCACACUCCACGUGCUGAGACUCUCAAAUCUGUUGGAGUUUGAUCCUCUUACUGCCCCCAAACACUAGUUAAUGCCUCUUGGGUCUUGGGAUUUGUUCUAAAUCUGGCUUCUUUUUUUCUAAGUAUGUAGAUAUUUGCUUCUGUCUUGGUUAUUGGGUUUGAGGAAUAGUUUGUUGAAAUCUCCCAAAAUCCAUUUGCUGUUAUGAGUUUAGAAUACGAUGAUGGCGGUGGGUGACUGCGAACCCAUGUUGUGUAUAGAUCAUGAGGAGCAUGAAAUAAUAAACGACCAAAUGAUUAAAUUUCAGAACGACAAGAAACGAUUUUUAUUAUAAUUUGCAAGUAGAUAUGCUUAGAUGGCAAUCUGUCCUGUA